AUGAAGCCCUCCUCCUCUAAGGUUUCCUGGGCCGUCGUGACGCUGCUGCUGCUGCUGCUGCUGCCGCCCGCCCUCCUGUCGCCCUGGGCGGCCGCCCAGCCCCUGCCUGACUGCUGUCGCCAGAAGACGUGCUCCUGCCGCCUCUACGAGCUGCUGCACGGCGCAGGCAACCACGCGGCCGGCAUCCUCACUCUGGGCAAGCGGCGGCCAGGGCCCCCGGGCCUCCAGGGCCGGCUGCAGCGCCUCCUGCAGGCCAACGGCAACCACGCGGCCGGCAUCCUCACUCUGGGCAAGCGGCGGCCAGGGCCCCCGGGCCUCCAGGGCCGGCUGCAGCGCCUCCUGCAGGCCAACGGCAACCACGCGGCCGGCAUCUUGACCAUGGGCCGCCGCGCAGGCGCAGACCCAGCGCCGCGCCCCUGCACUGGGCGCCGUUGCCCCGCGGUGGCCGCGGCGUCGGUGGCGCCUGGGGGACCGCCCGGGGUCUGA